CUGGGGCCUGGAGCCAAGGCUGCUGCUAUAUGAGCUGAGCUGGUUCGGGUACCCAUAGUGUCGCAGUCUGCUGCCAACGAGUGCAGCGUUGGCUCGAAGAGCUGCUGCUGCUGCUGCUGGUGUUGAUGCUGCUCCUCUUCUCCGCCCCCGAGUGAUCACGAGCAAUCCGGAUACCCUGAGGUAGACAUGCCAGGCCGACAAACGCCUUGUGAUCAGACGAAGGCCAGGAUGUGACUUCAGCUGGUACCAUGUGCACUCUGGACGAGGGGAAGACAUUUUCAAUGCCAAGCGACCUGUUGCCACAGCAUGCAUGAGUCACGCCAACAGUAGCCGGUAAGGUCUCGACAGCCCAGAACACAAUCGCUGGCAUUUCCACUCCGAUGACGCAGCUGAUGUUCUGGUCAGUCCGGAUGGCUGUUGCCUUCGAGGAGUUUACAAUUUGACCCGCUCAUGAUCUACUUCUCCUGAUGCUGCUUAGUGUCAUGACCACAGGGUUUGCAGCGAAGGGUUGCGAAGUGCACGGUGAGCUUAACGUUUGCUAUGAAGUUGGACAUGGAUGUAGGUCGUCUUGGCUGCAGGUGCACUGCCUAUGGAUCGUAAAGUUUGCAUUGGCAAACGCAUAUCCAAUCCAUAAAGCUUUUCGACCAUAUUCUUGAGCAGCAUUUCAAGUGGAAUCUGGUUUUCCAUUACAAGCACUCACAGAACUCGUCAUGCUUCUAACGGAGAACCCCAUUCCACUUGAAAUAUUGCAAAACAGAAACCUUAAUAAUGCAAGGAGUACUAUAUCGAAAUAGAGCAUACUUCAACAUGCAAACAUUAGUUCUUGCACUCAUUCUAACCUAUGCACAGCACCGCUUGAAGCCACAUCAAGGACUACUGAUUCAGAACGAUUAGACAAGGUUAUGUAUGAACAAGACAAUGAAGUAAUUUUCGUGCACGCCAUCUAUAACUCACCCGUUCAGCUGUAUUCAGUCCAGCGCAGGUUGCCUUAUCAUUGCUGAGCUGGAUGCGUGUAUCCACCAAAGCAAUGUAUCCAGCUGACUUAUCUACGGGUUUUCCUUCCAAGUCACAGUAUCCUUUACG